GAUAUUACUUUGAUGAAGUUUGGUUGGACUAGACCAACUAUUAGUUUGACAAUUGACAGGUCAUUCUACCAACCAGACUGUGUAUGCAUGCAUGGAAACAACUUGGAUAUCUUAUUUUAGUGUUGCUUUAAAUUCCAUUACUUUUGAAUUGGACUAAUCAAUUACUAAGACCAGGAUGGAUUUUUGGUCUCUGUAUCUCUUGAUAUUAGUCUCUGUGAUAAGCCUUUCAUCAAGCAAAGCACAGGAAGGAAGAUGCACAAAGAGAAUCAGUCGAGUAGUCUUUUACACCGAGACCUUCUCCAAAUCAUCUUCACAGAAGUACAAAGUGAAAUGCGGCUUCCUACACCUUUUUGAAUGUACUCGAUACAGAACUGUGUAUUCUGUCGGUUCAAGGCGGCUCAGCAGAGUUGGUUAUACUACUGGUUACGAAUGCUGCCCUGGUUGGAUAACAGAAGGAUCGAAUUGUUUACCAACUCAACCACCGACUACGAAAGCAGUUACAACUACUGCGACGGAAGCGACGACGACCACCACUAUCAACAGUAACACACCCACUACCACAAUACCACCGUCAUCUACAACUAAUCGUAACACUAACAACGGCAACACUCAGCGACACGCUCGUUCCCGUACACCGACCACCGACUCUCCGAUCAAUAGCACCGAGACCUCAACCGAAUUCGUUGGAGGGCCACGAGGAUCGACCAGCUUGCUGUCGAAUAGGUCGAUGAUGAUGGGUAUUUCCGUGGUAGCUGUAAUCGUUUUCCUGGCGAUGUCGAUUGGCGGGGUCUUCUGCGGCGUCAGGAGGCUGUGCCCGAAAAAGAAGCCCGCUGAAAGGAGUGACAGUGAGCUUCCAACGAGCAGAGAGAAUGAAGCCUCCAGAAUGAUGAAUGGUACAGUUCCAAGUGGAAGUAAAGAUGUUGGUGCUCGGCCAAAACUCAAACAGAAGAUGAUGGGUCAGAAGGGUAAACUGACAGCCGCUUCGAAUCCUGGAUAUGACCUCAUGGACCCUGAUAAUUUUACACAGGAAAGUUCAUACGAAGCUAUCGACCCAGAAGAAGGACCCCUGAAACCUCACAAAUACCAAACUGACGCAAAAGGAUUUGAGCGAGUAAGGAUGUCCGAUUUGACGCAUUCGCGUGCGACACGUCUGCAAACUAGCCCAGAGAAGGGCCGACGCCCAAGUGCACCACCCGCGGUUAUUGACAACGACUAUACAACCUUUACAGACGAAAUCAGAACGCCUCCUGAACCAGCUCCUAGGAAUCCACCUUCUGAUAAUCUUAAGAUGGAUGAAUCUAAAAUCGAAAAAAGAAAACCCCUUCCUAAGCCCAAGCCUUUACCGAAAGCCAGGAGAAAUCUGCAGCCUGGUUCAGGUUCGUUAAACACAAGUGCACCGCCCUCUGCGUCAAACCAUCUGAGUGCACCUUCUACGGUAACGGCACAAUACCUGGACAUGUCAAAGGGACAGUCUCCCUCAUUCGCAAAUGCAGAACUAAGCAGCUGUGAGAAGGAAAGUGCAUCACCAAGGAAGCCCGGUAUAAUAAAGUUUCCUUCCUUUGAAGAAAGUCGUAAAGCCUCCGUUGAGGACUGUUCUGAGGGAUUCAAAACCAACAUGCCAAGACCCUCAAUCGGUAAUAUAAAUUUGUAUGACCAUGUUGGUGAGAGUAGGUCAGAGCCAUCAUCACGACGGGGCAGUGAUGCCAAGCAUGCCUUUCCAACGCAAGGAAUGUAUGUUCCCCCUGGAGAUCUAUCUCCCGCAGUUACAAAGAAGCUUACGCAUGCCGCCUAUGAAAAAACGACAUGUACAUACGUGGUUGGGGAUCAGGUUCCGGGAGUUCCUCCUCGCUCCCCGCUAUUCAGUGACAGUUAUGACCUUGUGGGUAUAAAUGGAUGUAAUGACCUUGGGAUCGAACAUGAUCCAGUCAAUGAACUCAGCCCCUAUGAUGUUGUUGUAACGCCAGAGAAUAGAAGAAAGAAGACCAAACCAGACAUCAUGAAAUCUGGUUAUGCUAUUCCUCGCCAAGAUAGUGGCGAUCUGGACAAUUAUUACGAAAACCAUAGGCGCUCGACGGCAUCAUUGCCGAACAGCAACCGAAAACUAUCCCUCCCGGUCCAGUCGUAUGGGGACGAAGAAGUCUACGACAUCGUAGAAGUUAAAGACUCACAUUCGAUGACUACAGGUAGACCUCCUAAGGUUGCUCCUAAGAAACCAACCGUCACGACUGGUUUGGAGUCACAGACAACCAAGACAGCAAUAGAGCGGAGUCGCUCUGGUCCUUCUUUAUUCAGAUCCGCAGAAUUGGAUUCAAUGUACAUGAACACAUCUAGGUUUUGAAACUGUCAAUCCUCAAGGACUACUAAGUCAUCCAGAAGCAUUCUAUGAUGUAGAUAUCAGAGGGAAUUUUUAGUGUGAGAGUCAGCAGUUCCCAUGGCGUGGAAGGGGUUAACCCAUGUCAUCGUGCCAUUGUAUGAAUAUAAUGACAUCCAGUAGUAGAUACGAUGGAAUAUUCAUGGUGAAAGCUUGCCAAGGCUAGUCAGGAAGGCCAUUCUUUGUUAAGCCAAAGUAGGUUGGUCAAAGUUAUCAUCAUCGUUUUUUUUUUUAAUCCCGACUGCAUGGAUUGAUCUAGUGUUCGGACAUAACCAAUGAUGCAUUGGUUCAUCCCACUUGAUCAACGUCAGUGUACUAUUGAGGUCAUGUAACUGAUAGGUCAUUCAAGUCACUGUUGCAAAGGUUUUCAAAUCAAUAUUUUCCCUGUGGUAUCAAUACCUUGUCAACGAAAUCACUUUCUCUAGUCUGCACAAAAAAGUGGAAUGCAUUUAUGUUAUUUACUCUCAGCAACCGUGGAAUCUAAAAUGCAUUUUAAAAAGAAUGUUCAGAAAUGAAGAUAUAUUCUUCGUAAUCACACAUUUAAAUAAUAUUAGUGUUUAUUACACAUAAGGCAAAGCUACGACAUGAUUUCCUUUGUUUUUUCGUUUUCAUGGUUAGUUUAAUCUAUAUAUUAUAGGAAAAUAUAAAUUUAUCUCUAAUUUAGAUCUAAAAACCGUUUGACUUGUGCUAUAUGGAAAUUCAAUCUUAUCGUUUAACUUUUAUGAUAUAAUUUAGUUGAUAAAAACAAAACAUGUAAAGGGGUGGAGGACUUUGCAAAACUGUUACCUAGCACAUGGAUCUCGCAGCAUAUUUUAUAUGAAUUCAAUGUACUUUUAAAUCUAUUUUAUAAGUAAAGACCGGCUGGUACGGUGUUUGUAUAACUAAAUAUAAAGUACCUUAUAUCUUUCGAUUAAUGGUAAUGAGAUUUUUAACUCUAUUGUUAUCAUCGAGAGAGCAAUUAAUUUUCGCCCAGGCUUGCCCAAUAAUAAUGAUUAAUUUUACAGAGGCUCCAACGGGAUCGUACAAGUAUGAAAUAAUGUAUUGUGUGAUUAGGACAAUGCAAAGUGGUGUUGAGCCAGAGAUAGAGAAAGAGACGGUAGAGGGAGGGAGAGAGAGAGAGAGGGGGAAAGGAGGGGGAGGGGGGGGGGGGGGGCGUCCGGAACGAGGGGACGGAGCGAUAAAAGAGAGAUGUGCUGUUUUAACUUGUAGAAUCAAGUUUUAUUAUUAAUCAAAUAAAUAUAAACACUUAAAUUGGAAAGUAAUUCAGUACUGAGUAUAUUAUUUAGCUAUUAAAGGGGCCUCGCAUUUUAGUUAGGACAAAAUGAAGGCAAGAAAACCAUCAAUUACAAUGCGAAAAAAAAAGAUAUUACCAUAAUGUACUAUUAUACUACAUUCCUUUUCUAGCUUCUUCUACCAUUCAUAAUAGCAUGACUAUAAAAGAGUAAAGGUACCAAAAUUUUGUCGCAUGGCAACGGAAAACUUUUUUGCUAUGGAUAUCGUAAACUUUUUUUUUCAGUAUUAGAUCAAAAUGGAAAAAGUAAACCAUGUAUAAAUUACUAUCUAACAGAUGGGAGGGGCAUUGGGAGCCAAGAAUUAAAAAAAUAUGAAUACCGACC